AUGGCCCAGCCAACAGGGCAUUUGCUGCCCCCGCAACUGGGGGCGCCACCGGGCGCACGGCACCCAGAUUCACCACAGCGUGGCUACUCGCCGCCGCGCGGCUACUCCCCGCCACGUGGGUACUCGCCGCCACGCGGCUCCCCAGCAGCGCGGCUCAAUGCUGAUCUCGUCUUUCCUUCGCUGCCUGGGAAGCGGGUCGAGGCUCCAAAGCUGAUGAUGGAUCCACCGGCUGCAGUGGAGCUGAGACCUCCCAGCCGUGAACUCGGAGUGGCUGGGACUGCUGACGUUCUGCGUCGCUUCAGACGCGACCAGGGCCUCUUUGCGGAGUUGAGCCUUGCGGAGUUGGAGGACUUGGCCGAGCUGAUUUCCCCUUUGGGCUUCCGCCGCGGAGAAAUCCUGUUCCUACGAGGCGAGCCUGCGUCUUGGCUAGGUUUGCUACUGGCAGGGAAGGCCUCUGCCACCAUGCCUCAGGGCGCCGGCGCAGAGAUCCGGUUGGGGGCCGGCGAGGUCAUUGGUGGCGCCCGAGCAGCGCUCUGGGAGAAGAGCCAUGCCCGACCUUACACUCUGAGGGCCCUGGAGGACGGCUGCAUUGCCGUUCUUAGUUUCGAUCAGUUGGAAGCUGUGCGCCGUGCGCGCCCUGCCUUUCACCACUCGCUGCUGCGAGCGCUGCUAAUGCAACUUGCUGACUCGUGCAGCUGUUUCUUCCGGGGUUGUCCAGUUUCAAAUCGAUUGAAGUGGAGCCUGGCAGCAUUCACGGAGCGUCGGGUUCUAGACUUUCUCGUGCGUUUGAGAGAUGAAGGCAGGUUCCUUCCUUGUGCAGACUACCAUUCUUUGCUUGCGCUGGCCUGUCGCCUGCGCGUGACCCAGUGGCAGCCUCGGGUCAGUGUGUUGACACGUGGAGAGCCACUCACGGGAGCUCUUAUCGUCUUUGACGGCAAGUUCACAGGCUUCAGAGAUGCUGGGGGAUCGCCAUCCGUUUGGUUCGGACCUGGAGACUGCCUUGGUUUGGAGUUCCUGCUUGGCGGUGUGCAGCCUUGUCCACUGGACGUCUUCGCUGCUCGACCAACUCUGGCUGCUUUGCUUCUCCCUUCAGACUUGGAGGAUCUUCGGCGAGAGUAUCCAUCCUUGGCCACAGAGAUCCUGCAGGGUCUCUUCAGCAAACUGUUUUCGGAGCUGGCUGCACCUCACCCGGAGCCUCUGCUGCUAGUAGCAGAGGCCGGUGAGCGGGUGCAGUUCCAGCCCAGCACUUCGCCAGUCUUCCCUGCCCCCUUGCGCUUCCCUGGGAACCUCUCGCCGGAAGAUGUGCAGACAUCGCUGAAGCUGGCAGAAGCCACUGCGCCCACCCCGCUUGGGGCUUAG